AUGAAAGAAGCGAUGACACAAAAUCGUGGUCCAGAAACAAACAUGAUGGUCUUACCAAAGCAAGUGGUUUUAUGUUUCACUCAUACUGCAAAUCGUUUGAUGCGACAGGGUAUUGGUUCGCAUAGAACGUCUUUAAGUGAUUCAUCAUCUGGUUUACUGAAUACAUCCUUCUCGAGUUCACAAGAAGCCACUAAACGAAGCAACAUUGAUAAGAGUAUUUUGAAAUAUCCUGAAGAUUUCAAACCUCGUCUUCCACCGCCACCUUUAAGAUUAUCAUGGCCGUUAGUUACACUGCGUCGUUUCGGUUUCUAUGGUAAUAGUUUGUUUAAAGUGGAAACAGGUAGACGAGCUCCACGUGGUGAAGGACUUUAUUUAUUUCGUAUUAAAAAUUUACGCGAAUUCAGAAAAUCAUUUGAGAUAUGUGUUCAUCAACGUCGUGACAAUCUAUCCGUUCAUCAUUUAUCCAAUGUAACUUCUGAAAAUCGUUCAUUAUUACGCAAUAAUCAUGGCAAAUUAUCAUUAUUUAUGCCAUUGUAUAAAAUAUUCCACAAGCAAUCAUCAUCACUCUCCCUCAUUACUACUACUACACCUAUCUUAUUGGAUUCAAUCAAUGAGAAAAAAAUGGAUCGAACUACAUUGAAUGAACAAUUUCAUCAUCAUCAUCAUAAAAACACAAUUCCUCAUCAUCCGCAUCCCCAUCAUCCCCAUAGUCGACAGCAUUUUUUACCAGUUCUAUCAGAACGUAACAAUUUAGCCUUUUCAUUUGAUGAUACCACAGAUAUUGAUCUUGACAAGCCUAACACAAAAUUAUCAAUUCAACAACAACAUCAACAUCAUCAUCACAAUCAAGCCACAUCGAAUUGUUUACAUUGGCUCCAACUGCAGAAUACAUCAACUAAUCAUUAUGACAGUAAUGAAAAUCAUCAUCAUGAUCAAAAUCCUAUUAAUAAACUACAACAUCAUUUCAAAUAUUCAUGUCCACAAUUAAAUAAUAUUCCAUCAAUGAAUUCAAUCAGUUGGAAUGACAGUGCUACAAAUGUUGUAAGUCAGUGUCAUUGUGUCAAUGAAGGUGGAUGUAGUCAGCAUAAUGGUGCGGGUGCCGCGGGUGGCAGUGGCGGUGGAGCUGGCGGUGCUAGUCAUUUCUCUGUUCAUCAUCAUCAUCAGCAUCAACGAUCCAAUCCUCACAAUUCACAUUGUGCCGCCGAUAAACACACAAAUGAUGAUCAUCAGGAUGUUAAUGUGAAAGAUGAGUGUACGGUGAAAAUCGAUGAAGUCGAUGAAAUAUCUAAUCUACCUGAAGCGCCAUUACCACCGCCACUAUGCAAUAAUAAUUUAUCAUAUUUUGAUAUAAUAAUUCAAGGAAAAAAUCAAUAUUAUCAACGAAUUUAUGACAAUUUAAUUACUGUCAAUCAUGAAAUCAAUGAUAUGAUGAAUAAUAAUAAUGAUGAUGAGGAGGCUGGUGAGAAUUGUUGUUGUAAUAGUAGUAGUAGUAGUAAUCGUUCAUUAACACCAACCACUCCAACAACCACUGCAACAACACCGACACUUGUUUGUUCCACUACUACAAAUAGUCAUAGUGUAACAGAAAUUAUCGAUACAAUGACAAAUGUCGUAGUAGUAUCAGCUGAAGGUACCAAUACAACAUCAUUAUUCAAUGAUGAUGGAGAACAAUUGACAUCAAUUACUACUUGUACUAAUUCACCUGUUGUAUUAAAAAAAUCAUUAUCAUCCGAUAUAAAUUUACUAGAAAUGAUUGAUAAUCCUCCUAAUGGGACUAUAUCAAACAAUACUACUAGUAUUACUACUACUGAUAGUAGUACUGACAAUAAUGAUAAAAAUAAUACUGGUAGCCUAAAACAACAUGAUACAGAAAUAAUCAUAAGAAAAUGUAAAAAUAAAUCGCAAACAUUAAUUCUUCCAAGAUUGUCAUCAAUCUCGACAUCAUCAUCAUCAUCAUCAUCGAAAAUGUAUUUACAUUCAAGGCAUGCUAGUUUACCUAAUCCAAAUACACAAAAUCUUAACCAUGGUGAUAAUGAUGAUGGGAUUAUUAUUACUGGUCAGCAUGAAUUGAACAUUGAUAAUAAUCAUAAUAAUACUCAUGUCAUCAAGGUGAUGGAUGCUGAACAUCAUUCUAGUAGAGAAGAAGAAAAUCGCACAGUUGGAGUAUUAUACAAUAAGAAAACUAAAACAAUGUCAUCUGAUUGCUGUUUAUGUAAAAUACAACGGAAUUUGAGUAGUCAUUCAUCAGAUAGAAAAAAUAAUGCUGAUAUGCUUGAUAUGAUUACGGAACAUUCGCCGUAUUAUAAUUUGUCAACAAAUACUCAAACUUUAACUCAACUCCAACAUACUGGUCUGUGUACUUCUCAAACAAUCGCUUCAUCAUCAUUACCUAAAGCAACUAAUCCAGAUUAUAUUCAUUCAUCUAGUGUUUUAUGUUUGCCUACUGCUGCUUCCACAUCCAAUAACAGUUUAUCUACGCCUCAUCAUCAGCAUCAUCAUCAUGCUACUUUAGGCGAUGAGAUAAAUUGUACAUCAUGUCGUAAUGUAUAUUUAAAAGAAUCACCUAUUCAACCCUCAUCAUCAUCGUCAUCAUCUUUUGUAUCAUUGUCUAUGACAGCAAUAAGCACAAAUAUUAUUACCACGACUACUAUUACUACUUCUACUACGCCUACGCCUACACCUACACCUACUACUACUGCUACUACCUCUUCUUUAACAAAAUCUCCAACUACCAUUAUUCCAUGUAGAACAAAUAGCUUAGGAUAUCAUCAUCAUCAUCAUCAUCAUCAGUAUAUUGAAAAACCUACAAAUAUAUUACAUUAUGCAACAUUAGAUUUUGGUCUAAUCUCUUCAGAAAUAACAACAAAUCACCAGAGAAAUGAACAACAGUGUUGUUCUUCUGAUAUGAAUACUAUGCAUAGAAAGAAUAACAAUAGUAUUAUUACUAUUCAUGAUAUGGACAAUAAUGCGUUAAUUGGUUCUAGUCGUAAUCAACAAUGUUACAAUGUUGUCAAUACUACUAUUAGUGCUAAUACUAGUAGUAGUAGUAGUACUGAUUAUUACAAUCAAACUAAUCUUACUGACAAUUAUACAUCACGUAUUUAUGGUACACUUACAGAUAGUUUACAUUCACAUUUAAUCGGAGGAUCUGGUUGUUUAAAUCAUUUCACUGGACAUAUUGUAUCUACCAGUCAUAAUAAUCAUAAUAAUCAUAAUAAUAGUAAUAACGCCGCACACUGUGACGAUGUAAUAAUUCAUGAUGAAGUGGAUACUACUGAUCUACCAUCAAAUUAUGUUGCAAUUUGUCAAUUACAAACAUUAGCUAUGCGAGCUGUGUUAAGUGCAACCACUUAG